GUGCUUAUUGGUUCCUAACGCCGUCACUCAGCCUAUAGCGCGCCACUUAAACUUGUCUAAACAAGCAAAGAGAAAUGGCUACUCGUGGCGAGACGAGUGCAUCUGGCGGGUUUCAGUUUAGUUCUCCGCCGGUGAAGAUGUUAGCAGGGAAGCUGAGGGAGUGUACUAAGCGCUCGGGCGCUACGCCAUCCUUCUGGUUGGAAUGGGGGCCUAGUGGGGGCGGCGGCCCGUUGGAUGUCAGUCUGGUUUGGUUGCAGGGAAAUAUAAUCCAGGUGCGGCCUGACCGGGGCACCACCCUCCGUUUGGACGAUACCACUCACACAUUCACAGUGUGCGGAGCUGACAAGGUGCCCAAGGGAAAGCCCUGCCUAGAGAUAGGAAAGUAUGUGAUGGUGAUGGGUGUUGUAUUAUCCUCCAGUCCUGAGCCCAUUUUGCGGGCUGUGAAAAUUACAGACUUAUCAGACAAUCCAGUGCAUAGCCUUAUGUGGAAAACUGAAGUGGACCACCUACACAGGAAUAUUUUACGUCCGUAAAAAGGAGACCGAUGCCAGGGUUGCAGAUUACUCUUCGCCAGCUCAUGGUUGUAUCAUUUUGUUUUGAAUCUUUUGUCAAGCCAUGUUAGUGACACUUUUAAGGAGUCACUUGGCUUUUUGUUUUUUUAUAAAUUGUGUUCUAACAAAAAAUAAACUUUUGUAAAAUAA